UCGACGACGUCCCGCAAGAAGUCGUCCAAGAACCGGUUGAAGAGGCGGCGGUCGAGCCCGAGGCCGCUCCCGUCGACGAUGUCGUCACCAACGAAGCCAACGAUGAAGCGCCAGUGGCCUCGGAAGAGAGCACGGAUGCGCCAUCGCCGGCCGCCGACACCGUAGUGGAAACAAAACAAGCAGCGCCAUCCCCAAUGGCGGCGCAACUGAAAGCCUAUCGUGCGGCAGAAGACGCGCUGUUGACUUUGGCCGACGCGCCGUUGGCGACUGUCGUUCCCAGCAUGCCAACCUUUACGAUGAGUGCGAUGGUACUCGAGGACGACGACACGGGCGCGGUCGAGUGA